AGGACCGUCCUAAUUCUCUAGUCUCAAGAAACUCUCAGGAUUUACAAUUGCCCAUUUUGUUUGGAACUGAUUUCCAAUCAACAUCCUUACAACAUCCCUACUCUUCAAAAAUGGCGAAAAUGUACCACAAAGAGAAAAGCAUUCCGAUAAAGAGCAGCGCGUCUGCGCUCUACAACAACCUGAGCGUCCUGCGCAUCGCGCCGCGCUGCCUCACCUAUUUCACGGUGGUCCACGCCAACGUGGUAAACAUGGUCAGUGCGUCCUGGGACGGCCUGAAUUAUUCCCACCGACAGCUGCAAUCUAAAGAGGGCAACGUGACCACCAGCUCCUCACUCAUCAUGCAGGCAGCCUGGUGUGUCCUGCCCUCGAGAGAUCUUCUAGUUCUCACUUCUCAGAAAGGAAUUCAGAUGUAUGAAUCAGAUGGAUCGAUUAUGGUCUAUUGGCAUGCCCUGGACACACCAGAGACCCCCACAGCUAAGGCAGUGUUUGCCCGAGGGAUAGCAGCGGUGCGGGAAAAAUACAUUUGUGUAGGGGUCUCAUCUGGCUCAGUGCUGGUGUUUGACGUUCCCAGUAAAGGCAGUAACAUCACCCUGUCUGAGGUUUUGGAGGAACACAAAGAGGACAUUACAGACAUGACCUCUGAGUGCUCAGGAAGUCUGGAGGGCAUUGCUGAUUUAGUAAGCGCUGAUGACUCUGGCCUCCUCUGUGUGUGGAAAUCAGGAGAGGAUUUUCAACUUCUCAACAAGAUCCCUGGUUUUGACACAAGUUGUUCUUCAGUAAAACUGUGGAAGGGCACAGUCAUUGCAGGCUAUGGGACAGGACAGAUCCGUCUGUAUGAGGCGGUCACGGGUAUACUGCAUGCAGAGGUCAAUGCUCAUGCACGCUGGAUCUACACACUGGACAUUGCCCCAUUCACUGGCCUGCUGCUCUCUGCAGCAGAAGACUCUUGGGUUAGAGUGUGGCAUCUGAGCUUGACCCCAGAGACUAACAGUGUAGAGGUCGAGCACAUGUACAAUGAGUGUGUGACUGACACGCAGAUCUGUGGAGCCAAGUUCUGUGAUGGGGACGGCUACGCAUUUGCAGUGACCGGCUAUGACUUGAGUGAGAUCAUCCGCUACACGCAAGCCUAAUCAGCAAUACAUCAUGCAAGGUCAUGUCUUGACAAAAUAUUGGUGUGCAUGAUAGGCAGGGUCAGGGGGCAGAGAAUGUUUUCUUAAAACCGAAAGACACUAACUGAAAUUGCCUAAAAAGCCCCACUUGAACACCAGGAGGCUGUGUUAAGUAUGUCUACAUGACUGACAGUUGUAAUGAAUACAAAAA